AUGAUCCAACGCCUCCUCGACACAUGGACGCCCAGUCUAUCAGAAUGCCUCUUCAACAGCCUCGCCAGCAAAGCCAUGGAGAAACACCUCGGCCCCAUCAACCAAGCAUGGCGACUCCAAAACGCACACUCCAUCCGGUCAACCAGCCCCGUCAUAUCCGACACUCUCAUCCCGGACCUACGCAGCGGCGCCGUCCUCUCCGUCCCGGGGAUACGACGCAUCACCGGCUCCCGAGAAGUGCAACUCACCAACGGGGAACGCGUCCCCGCAGAUGCCAUCAUCUGCUGCACGGGGUACGAAAACAAAUUCACAAUUCUACCGCCGGAAUACGAUCCCACGGCCCGCAUGCCCACGGCAUGGAUCCAGGCCCCGGGUUCCAAGGGCCGUGCCCUCCCGCGUCUAUAUCAGAAUGUGUUUUCCGUGACGGCACCCGAAUCACUCGCCUUUGUGGGGUGCGUGUGGCUCGUCGCCGGGGCGUUCUGCCUCGCCGACCUGGCGAGCAUGUGCAUCGCGCAGGUGUGGGCGGGAAAGUCGACGCUCGCAGGGGAGAGCGAGAGGAUACGCUGGGCGGACGAGCAGGAGAGGAGGAUAUGCGAUCUCGCGAGGAGGGGCACGGUGAUUCCUGCGGCGGUGGCACAGCGGCCGUGGUUGGUUUGGGCGGAUGGUGUUGCGGGAACGGGGGUGGAGGAGCAUUUGGGAUGGGGGUGGAAGGGAUGGGUGUUUUGGUGGAGGGAGUAUCGGCUGUGGAGGAUGGUGAUGGAUGGGGUGUUGGUUGCGGCGGUUUGGAGAUUGUUUGACGGGAAGGGGAGAAGGGCUUGGGAGGGGGCGAGGCGGGAGAUUGAGAGGGUGAAUGAGGAUUGGAGGCGGGAGAAGAAGAGGAAGGACGAGGUGAGGUGA